GUGUAUAUGAUAAUUAAGUAAAUUUGUUAAAUUGAAAAGUUAUUUUUGUUUAUCAAUGCUAUUUUAAAAGUAAAUUACUGAAUGUAAUGGCUGUUAAUGAACAGCAAGAAGAAGAGAGAGAAGUACUUGCUUCUAUAUUUGAAGAUGACACUGCUUUUAAGCAAAUUUCAGAGACAUGUUUCCAAUACAAAAUUGGUGAAGACGGUCACCCUAAAUCGUUUCUAUUUGAGAUUAUAUGGACACCAGAAUAUCCUGAAAAGGCUCCUGAAAUAAACUUGAAUGCAUUUUAUAACAAUCAUGUUCUCGCUAAUGUAAAAGUAAGCAUUGUGGACCAACUUAAAGAACAAUGUGAAAUUAUGUUGGGAGACGCUAUGGUGUUUACAAUCAUAGAUUGGGCUAAAGAAAACCAUGAACAGUUAAUGGCUGAGCAGCCAUUACAAGUUGUAUCACCUAAAAUUGUGACUGAUACUGAAAAAACAGAGGCUCCAGUUGCUAAAGUAAAAGAGAAAAAAGAGCAACUUUCAAAAGCUCAAAAGAGGAAAAUGGCAGAUCGUGUAGGAGUAACUGGUGAACGACCAAGAGGUUGGAACUGGGUAGAUCCAAUAAAACAUUUAAGUCAAACAGGCCGUGCGCAUGAACGUGAAGAAAACACUUAAUACUUCGUUAAUUGACAAUCUAAAUCCUGUAUAUGCAACAAUACUGGUUUUAGAUAUUUAUUUUAUAAAAUUUACUGCAAUUUGGUGUAGUAUUUAUUACCAGCACUCAACUGCUUUUUUGCCUGUUAGGCCAUAAUUGACAACAACUUGCUUGUAUGUUUUUAAUGCAGUUUUUUCUCAUUUAAAAUUCUGACAUAGUAUCGGACUGAUCAUAUCAGAAUAUUGUUUACAAAUCUUAAACAAUCUCCUUCCUAAAACUAUAG